AUGACGUCGAUAUUUCUCGACAGAGAGAAAUGUGUCAACAAGCACAUUGUGCAAUAACAAUACCAACAAGGAUCGCAGCUCUGGUAGUCAUUCUGAACAUUGCGAACAUUGCACUGCCGACUGUGGACAGUCAGCAGUCCGUGGCCCAGAUGGAGGCUAUGGUCGAGAAGACGCGUCUGCAACCAAACUAUAUUAAUGGCGUUCUGAGUCUGAAGGGUAGUUUGCUCUCCGGCUUUGUUGGCAAGAACGCACCUGGUCUCUAUGAAAAUUCAAAUCAGCAGCAGACAAGUAACAAGGAGUCCUUUGUUUGCAAUAAUGCCAACCCUUUGCAAGCCACAUCCGAAGUUAGACAGCGUAGUGAUUCGAGUGAAAGUAUGGCGCCCGGUACAAACUUUAAUCCACUACGGAAGGCCAUGGCACGGCUUGCCAGUUUGAACUACGCCCAACAGCCGGAACUGAUGUCGCAGGAAACACAGCAAGUAGAUCCUCAGCAGACGCCAUUCGAACAGAAACUCCAGCAGAUGCAACAAGAAGUGGCGCCGCCAUCGCAAGCUGUGCCACAGCAGCAACAGCAGUCCGAACCCGGUCUGUCCCGGCAGUAUGGAUCUCCACUGGCCAUGCAAACGGAUCGCCAGGCAAAUCGUUAUACACAAGAAUUUCCGCCCCAUUUCCUCUUCCAGCCGCCUUUUGUGCCAUUAGGGUUGUUUUCGAAACAAGAUUCUCAGCAGCAGCAGCAACAUCAGCCGCGGAGUCAGGAGCAACCCACGCAGGAGCAGCUCCAGCUUCUGAAGCAGCUUAAAGAUUAUUUUGGGCAGACGCAGCUGCCACUAUUUGCCACCAACCAGCAAUUAGAACAGCAGCCUCAGUCGCAGCCUCAACCGCAGCCUCAACCACAGCCUCAGCAACAGCCCCAGCCCCAGCCCCAACUCCCUCAGGAUGAAGGAUCAUUACCGCCGGCGGCCUUGGAUGUGGUUCAGCUUGCACAAACUGAGUCACCAGACGAUGAUGACACCGACAAUGGACAGUGUCCAGCAGGCUCCGAAGAUGACGAAAGUUCAACAACGAUUGCGCCUACAACCGCUCCAAAACUACCUUCAACAUCAGCUCCCACUCGAUCCUCUUCAACAACACGGAAAACUACAAAGAAGCCCAAAGAAAAGAGCACCACUUCGAGGACGACUGAAACCGAUGAUGAAGUCGUCACUCCCCGAGUCGAUGUCGAUAACAAAGCAUCGACAACUGAAAAGCCAAGGACUAAGCCAACGAAAUCGACUACUAAAAAGCUGCCCUGCUGCACUAAGCCAGCCAAGCGCGAGAGUUCCAAAGGCAAGGCCAAUAAUGAUAAGCCCAAUGUCAUACACUUUUCGCUGUCCGUGGGCAAAGAACAAUCAGUCCCACAGUCCCAGGCACAGCCUGAGCAAAAGGUGCAUGGAAAGACCACAUUUCGGCAUAGUCGACAUGCAUCUCAGCCAGAAUUGCGGGUGUGUGCGAUUCGGACGCUACUGCGUUAUCGCAAUAUCCUUGGCGACCUUAAGGAUCGGCGUCAGCAGCGGUAUCAGCGACGAAAGCGGCGACGAAGAGGAAAGAGAACGGAAAAGUCACCGGAUACGGACCAGAAAAAGAGACACGCGUUCGAUAGAAAGCAGCUGCUGCUUGCUGAGGCAAAAAUUUGGCCCAUCAAAUUUUAAAAUAAGGUUCGAUUGUUUCCAUGUUUGCUCCCAAGAAUCAGCAUUAAAUAUAUUUUCUAUAUACAUUUGUAA